AUGGCUUUCCUUGUCUUGCAAGAAAGGGCUGACCCGGUUCCUAAUAAAUCAUCAGGCAUCAUGACGAAGUUUGAUCUUGAAACCCACCCUCUCAUCAACGUCCAAUACACAACCAACCUCUACGACUCGGAGGACUAUGUCGGACUCAUCAAGGCAACAAGGGCCGUUCAAGCCAUGGAGAAAAACCCAAAGAUCGGUCUCUUCACCAACUUCAACCAGGGUUUUGUCGCUGUGGGCUUGCUCUAUAGAGACACCCCUGCCGAGCAGCCUCCAGCUUUCGCACUUUCCUAUAACCUCAAGAGCCUCAUGACGACAUCUAUUCCUUCCACAAAUGGCUCUAUUGUCACUUGCUCAAGACGUGCUAUCUGCACAGUAACGACUAAGGUUUCGCAAGAACUCUACGAAGAGGUCUACAUUCCUGGGUGGAGAUCUGCAAGAGCCUGCCAGUUGGCGCUGUUCUGCAUUAUACGAUCCAGCCGAUGGGCACAGCUAGUGUACAGGCAGGAAAGGAUCGCCGGGGGGAGCAUUAUGGGACUUGAGAGGGUUACGCACUGCUGUAACUCGGUCUCGCAUGCUCCUCACAAUGACACCCAUCAUAACAAACCACACAGAGCCUUGAUCGAUGGAAAAGCUGACUUGAUGCAAAACCAUAGGUGGGUGUAUACAUGCGAGUGGCUCAAGGACGAUAGUGACGACGCAGCUGUGCAAAGAGCAGUGGACACCUCCCAAAAGAUCCUGCGCAGCUACACCGUCGAAAAUGUCAAGAAGAUGCUGGACGCUGCGGCCAAGUAUGACCCUGAGUGCGUCUUCCAAAAGCUGCAGCACGACGGCUUCCUGUUACGCAACAACAUCAGAUGCCCGCUCAUCAUUGAAAAACCAGUGAAAAGUUUACAGUCACGUCCCUCCUAG